CAAUUAGUUUAUUUUUUACAUCCGAUUUAGGAAAGUAAAUAGUUAUUCAAAACCAAAGAUGACAAAAAUAAAAGGGCAAAAACUAUUACCGCCGUAAUGCUUUUUAUAUAAAGCUUGUCCUCUUGAGCACUCGAGAAUCUUUUUUCUCCGCUACUUUCUUUCUUCUCAAGAAUGCGUUAGCGUCUUUGUCUGCACACAAAGCAAAAGCAGAGAGACAGGUCUGUGAAUCCCAAAACUCUAUUCUCUGUACUAUCGAUUCUCCCGGGGAUCUGGUGAGUUAGAUAGAGAUUCACGAUGGGUACUAGUAUGUCAGACAGCCCUCUGUCUCUUUCUUCUUCCUCUCCUCCUAGUAACAGUCGCUCCCCUGUUCCUCCAACUUUCUCCACUCGCAUAUUCUCUGAUGUUGCGGGUGACAUCAUUGUUGUUGUCGAUGGAGAAUCAUUUCUGCUUCACAAGUUUCCGUUAGUAGCUAGGAGUGGAAAGAUGAGGAAGAUGGUGAGAGAUCUUAAGGACUCUUCAUCUAUGAUUGAGCUCAGAGAUUUCCCUGGUGGACCUCCGUCGUUUGAACUCGCCAUGAAAUUUUGCUACGGCAUUAAUUUUGAGAUCACUGCCUCCAACGUGGUAGCUCUUCGUUGCGCUGCUGGUUAUCUCGAGAUGACUGAGGACUAUAAAGAAAUGAACUUGAUCUUUCGAGCAGAGAAUUACCUCGACCAGAUCGUUUUUCGCAGUUUCCAUGAAUCUGUCCUAGUACUUUGUUCCUGCCAGACGCAAGAGAUUGCUGAAACAUAUGAAAUUCCUGACCGGUGCAUGGAGGCCAUCACCAUGAAUGCUUGCAGAAACCAGUUAGUAUCAUGUUUAUCAGAGGAGCUCAAGGGGAGAGAUUGUCUUGAGUUGUGGACUGAAGAACUCUCUGCUCUUGGUAUUGAUUACUACGCCCAAGUUGUAUCUGAGAUGGCGAGAUUAGGCGUGCGGUCAGAGAGUAUCGUCGCUUCUCUGGUGCAUUACGCUAAAACAUCAUUAAAGGGUAUCAUCAAUCCAAACUGCCAGGAGCAGAGGAAAAUCAUUGAAACCAUGGUUACCCUUUUGCCGAAUAACGAAAAAGGAUCUUAUUCUUUAUCAACUAUUCCUCUCAGUUUCCUCUUUGGAAUGCUUAAGGUCGGAACUAUAAUAGAUAUAGAGAUCUCUUGCAGGCUCGAGCUCGAGCGUAGAAUCGGGCAUCAGUUAGAGAUUGUAUCUCUCGACGAUCUGCUAAUACCUUCUGUCCAAAACGAAGAUUCAAUGUACGAUGUGGAUACUGUCCACAGGAUACUCACAUGCUUUCUUGAGAGGAUUGAGGAGGAAGAUGAAGAAUGUGGUUACGAGUCGGAUUCCACGGGACAGCACAGUUCAUUGCUGAAAGUGGGACGGAUCAUGGAUGCUUACUUGGCUGAGAUCGCACCGGAUCCAUACCUGAGUCUACUCAAGUUCACGGCCAUUAUAGAGACAUUACCCGAACACUCACGUAUCAUAGACGAUGGAAUCUACAGAGCCAUUGAUAUGUAUCUCAAGGCUCAUCCAUUAUUGACAGAAGAAGAAUGCAAGAAGCUAUGCAAAUUCAUUGACUGCAAGAAACUGUCACAAGAAGCAAGCAACCACGUGGCACAAAACGAUCGGCUUCCUGUACAUAUGGUGGUUCGAGUGCUUUACACAGAACAGUUGCGACUGAAGAAAGCUCUGUCCGGAGAUUCGGAAGAAGGGUCGUGGGUUUUGUCGUCUGGAGUACAAAGCCGAGCGGUUUCCCCAAGAGACACGUAUGCAUCGUUGAGGAGAGAAAACAGAGAGCUGAAGCUGGAGAUAUCGAGGAUGAGAAUGAGGGUGAGCGAGUUAGAGAAACAACAUAAUUUGAUGAAACAUGAGAUGAUGGAGAAGUCCGGUAGUAAUAGUGGAACCUUCUUGACGUCAUUGUCCAAAGGAAUCGGAAGGAUCGCGAUAUUCGGCGGAGAAAACCGGGAAAAGGUUAACCGGAAAUCAAGGUCGGUAUCGGAGAGAAAAACAAGUAGAAGGGAUUACAUAAAAACGUCACCGUUUAAGGGGUUGCUAUCUAAACGGAGACAAGUCAUGUGUAGCGGGAGGUAUAAUGGGCCGGGAGGAGUGUGAAGUAGGCCCAUUAAAGAACAAAGAAGGUCUCGUUUUCAGCCUAUAAAAACAAGGAAAACAUGGGAAUAAAUGGGGUCGGGUCCGAGCCGUCUUUGUCCAAAAUUAUCCCGAUAAGAAAUUUUUUUAUAAAAGUAUUUUUUUUUUGUCUAAAAAAGAUUCAAUACAGUAAAAAAAAAUGUUUUAUGCGUUGUUCGUUGUUACGGUUAUUUAGUGUAAAUUUGUUUUUUUUUUU